UAUAAUGCUAUUGUAUUAAAAAGUUAUCGUUUACUUUGUUCAGCUGUCGGUCUCCACCGAGCUCAACACCGCCGCCACGGCCAACGCAACCUUCCAAUGAAGCAGAAGCAAUGGCCUCGACAUAAACCAGCCAGCCCUCCCUCGAUCAAAAAGCAAAAGAAUUCCUACGCUUUAGCAAAAUCAUCGAAACCCCCAAAAUUCCCCCAAUUCAAUCCGUCUCCAGAUGCCUCUUCAACUUCCACUUCAAUCUCCGCCGUCCCCUACGACGCAUUAGUCAGGAUCGCAUCGUCCUUCACUCUGCCGGAUCUGAGGGCGGCCUCGCUCGUCUGCAGAGCGUGGAGGGACGCGCUCAAGCCGCUCAGCGAGGCGAUGGCUUUGUUUAGGCGGGGGAAGCAAUUCAAGCACGGCCUCGGAAGGGUGCAGCCCAGCUUGGGCAAGGCUUUGGAUUGUUUCUUGAAGGCGGCGGCGCGUGGCUCCAUUCUAGCUAUGGUAGAUGCGGGUUUGAUUUAUUGGGAAAUGGGCAAGUUUGAAAAGGCGGUUGUUUGGUAUAGGAGAGCCGCCGAGCUUGGUGAUCCCGCUGGACAAUGUAAUUUGGCUAUCUCCUUUCUGCAAGCUAAACCUCCAAAUACCAAAGAAGCAGUUGAGUGGCUGUACAAGGCUUCCGUUGCUGGCCAUGCUCGCGCUCAAUACCAACUGGCGCUUUGUUUUCAUCAAGGAAAAGGGGUGGAACAAAGUGUGCAAGAAGCGGCUGGCUGGUAUGCAAGAGCUGCAGAGGGGGGAUAUGCGCGUGCGAUGUACAAUACAUCCCUAUGCUACUCACUUGGUGAAGGUUUGGUUCAAUCUGAUAUGUUGGCUAGAAAAUGGAUGAGAAGGGCAGCCGACCACGGCCAUAGCAAAGCUCAGUAUGAGCACGGGUUGGCGCUCAUUUCAGAAGGCGACGCGAUGAAUGGUGUGGUGUACCUGGAAUUGGCUACUAGGGCCGGUGAAAUGGCUGCAGCACCAGCAAGAGACGCUGUGCUCGAGCAACUCUCUGCAACUUGUCGAAAAAGAGCUGUACUUCUUGCUGACAAAUGGCGCGCUUUAGCCUCCUCCUCCCGGUGACUCCGCUACUGCCUAUUUGUAAUUUUAAUUUUUAUGUGUGUCAAAUUUUGUAAACUAGUUAUGUAAUUAAAUGCAGUCAUCAAAAGAGAGUGUGAAAAGAUGUAGUAAUGCAACAGUGUAAUUUCCAAUUAAGGACGUGUUCACUACUUUAGAGAUAGACAGUUUAUGCUUCAUUUAUGGUCA